AUGGUACGCGCCGAGCGAGCUGGCGGCCAACACUGCACUGUGCCAAGCCUCACCAGCGGCACCCACCAACCGUCCGCGCUGGACGGCGCGCAGCUCCACGACCCUCCAACACCCAGCAGCCCUCACGCCACCACACCCACGCCGCCAAAACCCAGGACAUCCCCUGGCCUGGCCCGGUGGGGGUCCACACCCCAAGGGCCCACGCUGGCGCCAGCCUCUGGCCCCCCUCCAUUCAUUCAGUGGGCUGCUGCCACCCACGCAUGGCCCCCCUCCACCCUCCACGCCCGCGCCCCGCCGGACCAGCGCCGCCCCGCCAGCCGCUCCUCACCUACUGAAUGGCGCUCUGAUUGGAUCAUCUCCACUCGCAGGAAGUGUCCUGCGAGGCGCUCCAGGGGCGUCAGGGACACACCCGAGGCCCGCCGCACCCCGCCCAGGCCCAGGCCCAGGCCGGCCACUCCUUCCCAUUCACCUCUCCAGCGCUCGGCCAGCCCGCCCCUCGCCCGUCACGCCUCGCCCGCCCCUCCCUCCCACACACCCGCACUCAAGGACACCAGCCGCCCGAGAUGGAAGCCAAAUAUAGCACUGUACGGCCCCGCGGCGCUGCUACUGACGGAGGGCCUCGCCAGGGAGAUGCACGGAAGAGAACAACUUGAGUAA